CACUCAAUAAAUUGUGUCAUUUUAUCUCAUUUGAUACGAUCUUAUCAUUUGAUCCAAAGUCGUGUCUCCCAAUGGUUCCGAUGGCGACCCACCAGUACUCACGAGUUGGACAGAGCCGAGAGUAAAGUGCUAUCAUUCCUGAAGAACCCGUUCCGUACGUUUUACGUGGACGUGGGCUAUGGCUGGGGUCUCGACAACAACAAGAUCUGGACUCUGGAGAUGUCACCCAAACCUGAACCUCAACCACAAGAGCAACAGAAGCCACCACUUGUGCUGAUCCAUGGGUUUGCAUCGGCUGUGGGUCUCUGGACACUGAACUUGGAUUCACUGGUGGAGACCAACCGAAAGCUCUAUGCCUUCGAUAUAUUAGGUUUCGGCAAAUCUUCGCGACCUGUGUUUGACUCGUCGGAGACGGCAGAGCUCGAGCUCGUCGACAGUAUCGAGCGGUGGCGGAGUCGGGUCGGCCUCAACCAGAAGUUCAUACUUCUGGGCCAUUCGUUUGGCGCUUAUUUAGCCGCCUCUUACGCCCUCCAAUACCCCGAAAGGGUAUCCCACUUAAUACUGGCCGAUCCGUGGGGUAUGCCUUCCCAACAGAUGAACCAAACCCUGAAUCAGCACCGCCUGAAUCUGCCGUUUUGGGCCAAAAUGGUGGCAAAAGUGGUGCAGUUAUUCACACCAUUGGCCGGACUGAGAGCUGCCGGCCCGUGGGGUCCGCAACUCAUUCACAAACUCCGACCGGAUAUACGCAAAAAGUUUGAACAAAUGGCCGGUGAAGGGAACGCCGAUGUCUUCCUGGAGUAUAUCUAUCACUGCAACGCACAGCCGGUGCCCAGCGGUGAACGGGCUUUCAAAACCCUGUCCACUGGGUUCGGGUGGGCUAAGAGUCCGAUGCUCGAUAGGAUACCGGAGCUGCACCCGGCUAUUAACGUGACUUUCAUAUAUGGCUCGAGGUCGUGGGUGGACAGGCAGCCUGGCUUUCAAACAAAAUAUAUGUUAGGCGAUAGGGUGGCAGUGGAGGUGAUCCAAGGGUCUGGUCAUCACGUGUACGCCGAUAAACACCAAGAGUUUAAUGAUUUGGUGGCAAAUGUGUGUUAUCAAGAGGACAGGCGUCUCAACGCCAGACCCAUCAGUGGUGAUAGUGAUGAUGACGUGGUGACUGAGGACAGGGCUCACGGGCUGACUGAC